AUGGAAAAUUACACCUAUAGUUUCUUCAUUCUGACCUUUUCUACAUCCUCAAAGCUUCCUCCGGCUUUAUCUAUUUUCUUUUUCCUGAUAUACCUGAUCGGACUGAUAGCGAACUCCACCACCAUCAUAGUGAUAUACAGGAAUCGGCACCUACACACCCCCAUGUAUCUAUUCCUGUGUAAUUUGGCCAUUGUUGACAUUUGCUACACAACGACCACAGUCCCUAAGUUGGUUGACAUGUUCCUGACUGGUGACUAUACCUUGUCCUUUGCCGAAUGCUUCACCCAGAUGUACUUCUUCCUACAUGUGGCUACCACGGAGGACCUCUUGCUCUUCAUCAUGGCCUACGAUCGAUAUGUAGCCAUUUGUAACCCUUUACGUUAUCACCAAAUGUUGAAUAAGAAGACCUGUAUCCUCCUAAUGGUUGUGGCUUGGAUAACUGGAUGUAUCAACUCAACCGUUGCAACACUGACCACAUCUAACAUCCCAUUGUGUUCUUCUAACGUUGUCCCUCAGUUCCUCUGUGAAUUCAAAGCUUUCGCCAAAAUCUCCUGCCCUAACACUGGUUUCCAGCUAUUCUCUUACAUGGAAGCCAUAAUAUUUGGUGUAGGUCCUUUUCUGUGCAGUAUAAUGUCGUACACCCGGGUGAUCAUUGUUAUCUUACAUAUAAAGUCUAGUGAUGGCAGAAGAAAGGCUUUCUCCACCUGCUCGUCCCACCUCAUAGUCCUCACCAUGUAUUAUGGCACCUGGAUGUCCGUGUAUAUUAUGCCACCAAUGGCCGACCCACGGCUCUUUGAGCUGACUCUUACCGUUUUAUUUACCAUGAUCACCCCCAUGUUAAAUCCUUUGAUUUACAGCGUACGGAAUAAAGAUGUCAGGAGGGCGCUACUGAAGAUGUUUGGUUUCAGAGCAAGAGGAGAAUGA